GGGUGGUGGGCAGCGGGAGGGGACGGGGAUGGACCGACCCUCGGGUUGUGCAGAUGAGGGUUCGGCAAGGUGUGGUGAGUAAGAAUUCCAUUCCCUGGCUCCACACCAGAUUCCAUACCCUCUUCUCCAUCGACUCCCCCUGUUCGGGGCUUGGAACUGGAAAAACAUCCAGGGAGGGGGGCUGUCCAGCUCUAAAACCAUUUGUCCAGAGACCCUCAGAUUCUAAUCUUGAAUUUGAAGGCUCCCAGGAAAGUUCGUUCUUAACUUCUUAGAAUAGUUAGAGGGUUCAAGGGUGCCUAAGUGUGGUAGAUAUAGGCCUUGGGACAUGCAGCAUGAGGGGGGAAGGAUCCAAGUGUUGAGCCUCCAUCCCCCCUCCCCGUCCCUUCUAGUGGGGUGCUGAGGCUCGGGCAGCAUGAUGACGGAGACCUUCGUGAAGGAUAUCAAGCACGGGCUCAAAAAUCUGAACCUCAUCUUUAUUGUGCUGGAGACAGGCCGAGUCACCAAGACAAAGGAUGGGCAUGAGGUUAGAACUUGUAAAGUGGCAGACAAAACACGCAGCAUCAAUAUCUCUGUCUGGGAUGAUGUGGGCAACCUGAUCCAACCUGGGGAUAUUAUCCGACUAACCAAAGGCUAUGCAUCAGUGUUCAAAGGCUGUCUGACAUUGUACACUGGUCGUGGAGGUGACCUUCAAAAGAUUGGCGAAUUCUGUAUGGUUUAUUCUGAAGUUCCUAACUUCAGUGAGCCAAACCCAGAGUACAACGCUCAGCAGCCACCCAACAAGACGGUGCAGAGUGACAGCAGCCCUACAGCUCCCCAGCCACCUGCGGGUUCCCCUGCUACUCCUCCAGUUUCUGAGAACCAGAAUGGGAAUGGACUGAGUGUUCCACCAGGUGCUGGUGGUGGCUCACACCCUGCUCACACUCCUUCCCACCCUCCCAUCACCCGAAUUACUAGGAGCCAGCCCAACCACACAGCCUCUGGCCCUCCUGGCCCUUCCAGCAACCCUGUCAGUAACUGCAAAGAAACCCGGAGGAGCAGCAAGAGAUAGCAAGACAUUCUUCCUCCAUUCCUACCGCUGACAGAUCCCCCAAGUGUGCUGGCAAACAAGACAACCUUGUGCUGGGCUGCCCGCUUAGAGGGGGAGGUCUCAGCUCAGCAUUGUAGGCCCUAAACUUCACUAGGAGGGGCGUUGAGCUGUGUGACCUUUCCCACCCUCAGCCUGGGCUGCUCCUCAUCCACCUGAAGUUGCCUGCCCCCAAGAAUUCAGGGUCCCCUACCUGCCUACCUGCUCUUUAGAAAUGACAGUGAUACGGAUGCAUAAUUGAAUCCCUCCUUCCUAAUAAAUGUUACCAAUCUGAAAAAAAA